CCCCCCACCAAAGAAAUAUGCCUCAGCCACGUCCACGAGUCUCCCGAAACUGUGGCAAUUGUCGAGCGAUUAAACGACGUUGCGACCAGCAGCGUCCCCAAUGCGGGCAAUGCACCCGCCUCGGAGAACAAUGCCGGGGCUAUCGAGAUCCCUGGGAGCUUGUAUUUCGCGACCAGACCAACCGAACCAUCCAACGGUCUCGGAUUCAUGCUACAAGACCCCAAAGCCCCAGUGCGGCAGCUCCGACCGAGAUGGUGCAUAGCCCCUUGCCCCCACCCAAUCCCUGCCCAAACAUGGACCAAAUCGGCGUCAAUUAUUUCCUCCACCACUUCGUAACCGACGAUCAUAGUCCAUCGCGUGGCUACCUCAAGUACAUUCCGGCCACGCUUGGCGCCAAUGACGACCACCCCUCCUUGGUCGCCAGCCUGGCAGCGGUGGGCCUGGGGGCGCUGGCGAACUCCGGCCAUCAGCCCGAGCUAGCUCGGCAGGCCCGCCUCAAGUACGCCGAAGCGAUUCGGAGCGUCAACGCCGCCUUAGCCUCGCCAGUGGAGUCUGUCAAGGACAGCACGCUGAUGGCUGUGAUCUCCCUAGGUGUCUUCGAGCACUUCUCCCAGUUCGACUCCUGGGUCCGUCACGUAGAGGGGGCGGCCGCGCUCGCCGUCCUCCGCGGCAGGGAUCAAUUUGCCCGCAGCCCGCUCGCCAUCCUCCUCUUCACCCAGGUUCGGACGGACAUGAUUAUUGCCUGCACACGCCUGAGCCGGCCGUUUCCGGAUGACCUACGAAAGCUCCAGGAGGAGGCCACGAAGCACGUGGACCCGGCCAACGCGAUCUGGCAUAUUGGAAUCCUCGCUACCUGGUGUGUCGACCUGUUGGCGCGGGUGAUGAAGAACCCAGAUCCAGCUCUCUGGCCGGAGAUUCUCGCUGCGGCGCUGGCGCUGCGUCAGGACUUCCAACGUGGCAUGGACAUGCUCGCCGUCCAAGAGCCGUAUUUUACUGCAACCACGAACGAGUUGAUGAUGGCAGGACUUCUGGCCGAGCGUCAUUCUCGCUUGAUCUACGCCGACCGUACCGACCUGUACCCAUCUGUAUGGUCAAUCCGAGCCUGGAACAACGCCCGCUGUAUCCAGAUCAUCCUCUGCGAAGUGAUUUGCUACCUUCUGAAGAGCCUUCUGGCGCGGGAAGUAGCUGCCCCAGCCGCCUGCGUCCAGUUGCGUCAGCAGCAGCUAUACGAGACACGCGAGAUUCUCUCCCGGCUGAGCGAGGAUGUCCUCGCCACGGUUCCGCAGGCUAUGGGUAUCGUGUCUUCGCCAUCAAGUCCUUUUGAGUUCUCCGCCAAUAAUCCUUCUCCUGGGACCAGCGUGUCCGGAGCAUAUAUGCUCAUUUGGUGCCUAUACAUGGCUGGAAUAUCGGAAGCUACAGCAGGUCGGGCUCGGAAGUGGAUCAUCCAACGGUUCCAAGAGAUUGUCCAGGUCUCUGGCAUUGAGCUGGCAUCCCCGCUUCUUGCAGAGGUGAUGAAGAAAGAUCAAACGAGUAGAUGAGACAAUUCCAGCUGGUGCUCAAAUUCUGCAAUGGUUUGGUCGAUGGUGGCGAUUGUUCCACAAGAUAGAUCAAUGUGAUCGGAGUGCGAAGACAAGGUUAAAUCACC